CUAUCAUAGGAUUAUGGGAUUUUAAGUUCUAUAGCUACGGUACACCUGUGCCUGGAAUGAUGAAAAGGUCCAUUCCAAAAUCUCCAUCUCAUACACUGCUUGCCGCUUGCUUCUGGUGCCUACACCUCUCUUGUUUGGUGGAGAGAUGCAAAGUUCAAGCUCAAACUAAUUUUACAACAGACCCAGAUGAAGGGAGAGCUCUUAAUGCCAUUUUCCAACAUUGGGGUCUUUCUGUUACUUCUGAUGACUGGAACAUAAGUGGAGACCCAUGUAGUGGGACUGCCGUUAAUUCAUCAACAAUCAGCGACCUUGGGAUCAAAUGUGAUUGCCAAUACAACGGUGGAGGCACCUGCCACAUAAUCGAAAUGAAAGUGUAUAAUCAGGGGGUGCAAGGGGCAAUUCCAGAAGAGCUCUCGAGCCUGAUAUCGCUGACAAAACUGGAUCUGUCAUACAAUAACAUAGAGGGUUCCCUGCCAUCAUUUAUCGGCAAUUUUAGGCACCUGCGCUACCUGGAUAUAAGCAACAAUCACUUCAAUGGUUCGCUCCCACCUGAGAUAGGGACUUUGCCAAGUCUGGAGUACUUGGAUAUAAGGAGAGCUGGCUUCAAGGGUUUGCUCCCACCUGAGCUGGGGAAUCUGUCAAGGCUGCAACAACUGUAUAUAAGCAACAAUGUCUUCAAUGGUCCGCUCCCACCUGAGCUGGGGAAUUUGUCAAGUCUACAAGAACUGUGGGCAUCUUAUAACCAGUUGACAAAGAUACCUAAUUUCAUUGGGAAUUGGAAUCUUACGGAAUUGGAUGUGUCAAAUAAUAAGAUAACGGGUCCCUUGCCAGCAUCCAUCGGCAACAUAACGAGUAUGCUCUCCUUGGAUGUCUCAGAAAAUUACAUGACGGGUCCCUUGCCACCAUCUAUCGGCAAUUUAAAGCACCUGAGCUACCUGGAUAUAAGCUCAAACAACUUCUCUGAUUCACUCCCACCUGAGCUGGGGAAUUUGACGAGUCUGGAAAAACUGGAUUUGUCACAAAAUUACAUAACGGGUCCCUUGCCAGCUUCUAUCGGCAAUUUAAUGAACUUGAAUUCCCUGGAUUUGUCACAAAAUUACAUAACGGGUCCCUUGCCAGCUUCUAUCGGCAAUUUAAAGAACUUGCGUGACCUCUCCGUUAGCAUGAAUGCCAUAUCAGGGAGCAUCCCCAAAGAGCUAGGAAACCUUCGGAAUCUAACGUCCUUGGAUAUAAGCUCAAACAACUUCUCUGAUUCACUCCCACCUGAGCUGGGGAAUUUGUCAAGUCUGGAAAAACUAUACAUUGAUAGCUGCGGGCUAAGCGGCCAGAUUCCUUCAACAUUUGCCCGCUUGAGAAACGUGAAUACCUUGUGGGCAUCUGAUAACAACUUCACAGGAAAGAUACCUGAUUUCAUUGGGAGUUGGGCUCUCACUGAUUUGAGGAUGCAAGGCAAUGCCUUCGAGGGUCCCAUACCAUCCAGUUUUUCUAAAUUGACCAAAAUGGAAUAUUUGUUGAUCUGUGAUGUGUCUAAUGGGAGCUCCUCGUUGAAUUUUAUUGAGAAUAUGACAUCUUUAUCUACCUUAGUCCUAAGAAACAAUAUGCUUUCUGGUACUGUACCAUUCUUUAUUGAAAACCAUCAAUCAUUGAAGCACAUGGAUUUAAGCUUCAACAAUUUAAGUGGCACAAUUCCAGUUUCUCUCUUUAAUAUGAAUUCGCUUGAACACCUGUUCCUUGGAAACAACAGCUUAUCCGGUACUCUGCCCUCCCAAAAAAGUGAAAGGCUUCGUAACGUAGAUUUAUCAUACAAUCAAUUAUCAGGAAGCUUUCCACGUUGGGUUUUGGACGGAGGCCCAAACUUGACUGAUGAUUUGGUGGGCCCCCCAAAAGAUGAAGUGACCGAUUGUGGUCUCAAAAGGGAUGAUCACUCACAAGGCACAUGGAAUUUGGUGGCUAAUAAUUUCGUAUUUGAUAGUUCUAACAGCAGGGAUUGGAGCUUGAAUUGUCUUCAGCGAAGCUCUUCAUGCUAUCGAAACUCUCAAUACCAUUCUUCAUUCGCGAUCAGGUGUGGUGGACCCUCGAUGACAAUUAACGAUACAGAGUAUGAGGGCGACUAUGAUCCUCUGGGCCCAGUAUCCUAUAAGGUGGCCAGCACAGAGAAGUGGGCCGUCAGCAAUGUCGGAAGCGAUACCAAUAAGUACAGGAAAAUUAAGGAUGUUCCGAAUACAACCGACGCAUGGCUGUUCCAAUACGCAAGGAUAUCAUCAGGAUCGUUGAGAUAUUAUGGUCUGGGGCUUGAAAACGGGAACUACACUGUAAAUCUGAAAUUCGCAGAGACGGAAUUUCCAGAUUCAAAAACUGGGAAGAGCGUUGGAAAGCGCGUUUUCGAUAUUUAUCUUCAGGGCAAUCUGGCAUGGAAAGACUUCGAUAUAAAAAAAGAAGCAGGUAUUGCCUUCAAAGGCAUUGAGAAGAAACAGUGGGUCAUGGUACAUGAUCAUAUUCUCGAAAUUCAUCUUCUUUGGGCUGGAAAGGGGACUUGCUGUAUACCUUCCCCAGGCACUUACGGACCCGCCAUCUCUGCCAUCCUUGUUACUCCUAAUUUCAGGACUCGACAAAAGAACAAGAUUGCUUUGGCUGUUGAAAUUUUGGCUUCUGUUGUUCUGAGCAUUGUAUCUGUUUCUUUAUUUUUGAUUUGGAAAAGGAGUAAAAGGUUGAGUGUUGAUGAAGAUGAAGAGUUUUUAAGAAUGGGUCCCAGACCAAUUACUUUCAGUUACAGAGAACUGAAGACCGCCACCAAAGACUUCAGUCCGGCAAAUAAGCUGGGACAGGGAGGAUUUGGGCCCGUUUUUAAGGGAACAUUACUCGAUGGGCGGAUAGUGGCUGUAAAGCAACUCUCGGUAACUUCUCGCCAAGGAAAGAGUCAGUUUCUAGCGGAGAUUGCCGCUAUAUCUGCCGUCCAACAUCGAAACCUGGUGAAAUUGUAUGGAUGCUGCAUCAAGGGAACUAAUCGGCUCCUUGUUUAUGAGUAUCUAGAAAACAAGAGCCUGGAUCAAGCACUCUUCGGAGAGAGUAACUUGCAUCUGGAUUGGCAUAUACGCUUCGAGAUAUGCUUGGGGACAGCAAGAGGUCUCGCUUACCUUCACGAGGAAUCCAGGCCCCGCAUUGUUCAUAGGGAUGUCAAAGCCAGUAAUAUUCUGCUUGAUGCUAAUCUCAAUCCAAAGAUAUCAGAUUUUGGUUUGGCCAAGCUCUACGAUGACAAGAUGUCCCACAUCAGUACCCGUGUCGCAGGGACAAUCGGCUACAUCGCACCGGAGUAUGCCAUGCGUGGGCAUCUGACGGAGAAGGCUGAUAUAUUUGGAUUUGGAGUCGUUGCUCUGGAGAUUGUAAGCGGAAGGCCAAACCCAUGUGAGAACGUGUAUCCAGAGAAUAUGUAUCUCGUCGAAUGGGCAUGGCAUCUCCAUGAAAAUAACCGCGCAUUGGAACUGGUUGAUCCAAGACUAUCCAACUUCGAUGCAGAAGAAGCAGCUCGGAUGAUCGGCAUUGGUCUUCUAUGUAUCCAGGCAUCACCAUCACUACGGCCACCCAUGUCACGGGUGGUGGCCAUGCUGCAGGGUGACAUUGAAGUGAGCACCGUCACGUCAAAGCCAGGCUACUUAACUGAUUUGCCACCCAAUUUUACAAGCAGCUUCAUGAGUGACGGCACUUUGACAGCAUCGACUAGUGUAACUUCCAGCAGCCAAAAGUUAUCACCCGCGAAUGAAAGCAUCUCACCCUGUGAACCUUUGAGCUAAUGCGUUUCGAGGUUGACAGCAUCCGAUCUCUCCGUACAUGCAUAAAUAUAUGUGCAUGUAUAUAAGACAGCAUAUUUAGACCCAGGCGGUUUGGUUGUUGGUAUUUGAUACUUGUUUUGCAUUUAUUUAAGUCACGUUUGGAUGAUAA